AUGGGUGUACUUUUUCUUAUAGCCACCAGCUUUGUAUUAUACAAAUUUAUAAAGAAAUCAAAAGAAAGAAGGCAAAGAAAGAGAUUUUUUAAACGUAAUGGUGGCUUGCUUUUAAAACAACAAGAAGAAGCUGACUCAUCUUUAGUCGAUAAAACCAUACAUUUCACAUCACAUGAGUUGAAGAAGGCCACUGACAAUUUUAAUGAAAACAUAAUUCUUGGCCGAGGAGGUCAAGGUACCGUCUAUAAGGGGAUGUUAGUGGAUGGAAGAAUUAUGGCAGUUAAGAAAUCAAAAAUAGUUGAUGAAAGCCAGUUAGAACAAUUCAUUAACGAGGUGGUCAUUCUUUCCCAAGUCAACCAUAGAAAUGUGGUCAAACUUUUGGGAUGUUGCUUAGAGACAGAUGUCCCUCUCCUCGUUUCUGAAUAUAUUCCAAAUGGUACCUUGUAUGAUCGACUUCAUAAUGGAUCUUAUGAGUUCCCAUUUUCUUUGAGCAUGAGACUACAAAUAGCUACAGAGGUUGCAGGAGCACUUGCUUACUUGCAUUCAGCAAUUUCCAUUCCAAUAUACCAUAGAGACAUUAAAACCACUAAUAUACUAUUGGAUGAAAAAUACAGGGCCAAAGUUUCUGAUUUUGGGACUUCAAGGUUGGUUUCAGUAGAGCAAACUCAUUUGACAACCAUCGUCAAAGGUACAUUUGGCUACCUUGAUCCUGAGUAUUUUCAAUCAAGCCAAUUCACAGAAAAGAGUGAUGUUUAUAGUUUUGGUGUUGUUUUGAUUGAACUGCUAACUGGAGAAAGGCCAAUUUCCCUAACUAGAUUUGGUGAAACUAAAAGUUUGGUUACACACUUCACCUUGGCAAUGGAAGAAGGGCGUGUUAUGUCUAUUUUUGAUGCAACUGUGAUUAAAGAGGGUACUAGAGAUGUCCUUCUAAUCGUAGCUGAUCUUGCAAUUCGAUGCUUGAAUAUGAAUGGAAAAUAUAGACCAACAAUGAAAGAAGUAGCUAUAGAGUUAGAAACCAUACGAACGUCACACACGCCCUCUACGUUUCGAGCAGAUACUGACCAUGUUAAUGGAAAAUAUAGACCAGUAAUGAAAGAAGUAGCUACAGAGUUAGAAACCAUACGAAUGUCACACACACCCUCUACAUUUCGAGCUGAUACUGAUCAUGUUAUGUAUGGAGAGGAAUUAUCGAUAACAUAUGGUGAAUCUUCAUCAACAUUAAGUUUCAUUGAUAGCCUUAGUCAAUAA